AUGUCUCCUCGACAACUGAUGCGCAACUCAAACAUGACACAGAAGUGGCAGCGCAGGGAGAUAUCCAACUUCGAGUAUUUAAUGUUCCUCAACACAAUUGCUGGUCGGACCUACAAUGACCUGAAUCAGUACCCGGUUUUCCCCUGGGUGUUGACCAACUAUGAGAGCGAAGAGUUGGAUCUCAGCCAGCCAUCGAACUACCGAGACUUGUCCAAGCCCAUCGGAGCCCUGAACCCAAGUCGCCGCGCGUACUUCGAGGACCGUUACAACACGUGGGAGCACGAGUCCACGCCGCCCUUCCACUACGGAACCCAUUACUCCACCGCCGCGUUCGUCCUCAAUUGGCUCGUACGAAUUGAACCAAUGACAACCAUGUUCCUGGCUCUGCACGGAGGCAAGUUCGAUCAUCCAAACAGACUGUUCUCAUCCAUCGCGAUGUCUUGGAAGAACUGCCAGAGAGAUACUUCUGAUGUGAAGGAACUCAUUCCAGAGUUAUUCUUCCUACCAGAAAUGCUUGUGAAUAGUUCUGGUUACAAGCUAGGUAUAGCGGAGUCUCCUUCAGGUGAUGUACUGCUCCCGCCUUGGGCGUCGUCAGCCGAGGAGUUCGUGAGGAUCAACAGAAUGGCCCUGGAAUCUGAAUUCGUCAGCUGCCAACUACACCAGUGGAUAGAUUUAAUAUUUGGAUAUAAACAACGAGGACCCGAGGCUGUUCGAGCGACCAACGUGUUCUACUACCUCACGUAUGAGGGAGGAGCUCGUAUUGAUCAAAUUCAAGAUCCAUUGACCCGGGCCGCUGUUGAAGACCAGAUACGAAGCUUCGGCCAAACUCCGGCACAGCUCCUGGCUGAACCUCAUCCUCCACGAGCUUCCACCAUGCAUCUAGCGCCGCUUAUGUUCGCUGCUGCUCCUGACGACGUGUGUCUUCGUCUAAAGCUUCCUUCCAACGCGGCGGUGGUUCACGUGUCAGCGAACACCUACCCUCAGCUGGCAAUGCCCGCCGCUGUCACUGUAUCAGCAGCGAGAGCGUUUGCAGCGCACCGUUGGUCGGGCGGCGGCUGUGCUCACUCCACCCCCGCACGUCAUACUGAUCACCCUCCACACCCUCAACAACAUCACCCUCUAGUCAUGGACCCCGUCUGGGCGGCCGGCGGUGCUCAGGCUCUAUCAAGACGUCAGCUAGGCGAUAACUUCUCACAGCGUGUGAAGGCUCGCAGCAAUUGUUUCGUGACGACUGUAGACUCUCGGUUCCUGAUAGCGGCCGGCUUCUGGGAUAACAGCUUUAGAGUUUUCUCCACGGAAACCGCCAAAAUCGUCCAGAUAAUAUUCGGUCAUUACGGCGUGGUGACGUGUGUGUCUCGAUCCGAGUGUAACAUCACUUCGGACUGCUACAUCGCGUCCGGCUCCGAAGACUGCACCGUGUUGCUCUGGCAUUGGUCAGCGCGUCACGGCGGUAUAGUGGGUGAAGGGGACACUCCCGCCCCCCGAGUGUCUCUAACUGGACACGACGCAGCCCUCAACGGAGUUCUGGUGUCCGCGGAAUUGGGACUUGUUAUAUCAUCAUCUAUAAACGGUCCCGUAUUAAUCCAUACAACUUUCGGUGAGCUGCUUCGUUCACUGUUGUGUACGGACGCGAGUGGACCACAGCAACUUGCUCUGUCCCGUGAAGGCGUUGUAGUUGUCGCUUACGAGCGAGGACACCUCGCCGCAUUCACGCUAAACGGCAGAAAACUCAGGCACGAAACGCAUCACGAUAACUUCCAGUGUCUGGUAUUAUCCCGUUGCGGAGAGUACCUGGUGUGUGGUGGUGAUGCGGGCGUGGUAGAAGUAUGGCGCGCCUUCACCCUCGCCCCGCUGUACGCAUUCCCUCCCGCCGGCGCGCCCGUUACUAGCCUGGCGCUCUCACACGAUCAAAGAUUCUUAUUGGCCGGUCUCGAGAACGGCUCGCUCGUAGUGUUCCACAUAGAUUUCAACAGAUGGCACCACGAGUACCAACAACGAUAUUAG